AUUUCUGAAGAGGAAGUAAAAGUUGUUUCAUCAUCAGCUGAUGCAGUUUUCCAUGUAUGUCACCAAUAACAUUUUUGUAUUAUAAUUCUAAAUAUGAUAUUCAUUUUUCAUUGCAACUUGCGUUCUGUUUCUUUUAUGCGAUGUAUCAACACAGACUGUGGAUUAUAUUCUUGCUUUCUUUUUACUUCACCUUUGAGAAAACAAGCGCCUUCUUCUACCUUGGGGAGGAAGAUUUCAUAUUUACAUUGCCAAAGGAUCCACCAUUAUUGACAGAAAAAAUGAAGGGUCUUCUAAGAGGUUUAAAAUACAUUUCCAAUAUGUUUGAUGAAAAGGAACCAGAAAUGCAAAUUGGGCUUCCUACAGAUGUAAAACAUGUUGCUCAUAUUGGUAUGGAUGGUCCUUCUGCCAAUAAGCCGAGCUGGAUGAGUGAGUUCAAUUCUGCUCCAGAGCUCUCAUCAGUUCCUCUAAAUGGUAAUCCCCAGGUGAAACAGCCUUCGGCUGCAGGAAAUCAUGACUCAUUGCCACCUCUUGCCAAUGAGAAGCAAAAGAAGCAAAGGCGCAAACCGUCAAUAGGUAAUGGCUCACCUACAGGCUCUCCAAAAGGCAUCGAGAAGCAUUCUAGGCGCCACCGUUCAUCAAACCUUUCGAUUGAAUCCCCUGGUCGAGAUUCAUCUUGCCAUGGAAGGCGGCACCAGAAUUCAAGUCGUGGCAGUGACUCAUCUUCGCAAGAGUUACCUGACGUCACAAGAGGAUCUCGGCGAAAGAAACCAAAGGGAUCAUCAGGCGGAUCAGAGGGAUCUACGUCAUCAACAAGAUCAAAAGGUCCAAGUUCUUUGCCUGAUAUCAUGGAGCUUGAAUCUUGAGGAGAAGGAAGCUUAAGAAAGUGGAAUAGAGUAAUUUGUAAAUUAGAGAUUUUAAGAAUUACCACUGCAUUGAAAUGUAAUUCCAGGGAAAUUCUUCUUCUUCUAUUAUGGUUUUUCCUGUAGCUUUAGCUUGCAUGGUUUUGAUGGGCUCAUUGCUCUUCGCUUGUAAGGCUUAGGUUCAAGUCCCGCUAUCAGCACUUCUCUUUGGUCCGUGAACAAUAAAUCUAAUUUAAGGCCUCUUUGAGACUUACCAUCUGCUCGAGCUCUGGAAUGAAAAGCCUCCCCUCAUCCUAAACUUUCUUUACACCAAAAAAGAUCCAAGAGAACACGGGAAUAGAGUAAUGAAUUUGAAUCUCGGGAACUUACAGAAAAAACAAAAUAUGCAUUCAGAUAAAGUUUAUGCUUUGAAUUUUGAAACUUGCCAAUGAAAAGCCCUUUCCAUCAUCCCCAUUGUCGAUUGUUACAGCUGCAUAAAAAAACUAUGACAUCUACCACUUAAUCCAAAUGAAAGGAAGAAUAUGAACUGCUAAGCUGAUUAUGUUCUAUUUCCUUUCUUAGAAGCAGAUACGGUUCUUGGAUGGUGUCUGCUCCGGGAAGUAGUCAAGGCAAGUGUUUCUAUCCAAUAAUUCGAAUGAAGACAAGUUAUAUUAAUCAAAAUCGUAGGGUGGCACUCUAGAGUUUCAUGUCUGUCUCAUUCAAAACCACUUCAUCGCAAACAGCAUCUAGAAAAUCUUCAGGCUAUUGCAUCAUUGAUCUUGCUCAAUGUUGAAAUCUUGCAGCUCAGAGCAUAUUUCUAAUGUUCAGUUAAAAGAGGUCAAAUAAUAAGACAAUGAACAUAUUCAAAGCCUUU